UGAAAAAUUGGCUAAUUAGAUUUCACAAGGUUAGACUUUGAUUCCAUAAUACUCCGUAAGCGGUUGCAUGCAUUGGUUGGAAGUUCGAUGGAUGAAUUUCAUGCAUGCAUUUUUAUUGGUUUAUAAUUCUGAUAUAUAUUCAUACUUACAAAUAUAAAUUUAACCAACUCAAACAAAAACAAAACCCAUUAAUUUUCUCUAAUAAUUCAAUAAAAUAAAAUGGCAUCACAGUCCACAGGAAGUAGAACAAAAACACCCUUGGUCUUCAACGUAACAAGGCAGCCUGCAGAGCUAGUCCCUCCAGCAGGGCCCACCCCGUACGAGUUUAAGGAACUUUCUGACAUUGACGACCAAGACGGCCUCCGUUUCCAUGUCCCGGUAAUCAUGUUCUACCGUAGUGAGGACGAACACUCGACCCGGUCCAUCAUCACGGGCCGAGACCCGGCCAAGGUCAUCAAGGAAGCUGUGGCAAAGGCAUUGGUGUGGUAUUACCCUUUCGCUGGGCGGCUUGUGGAGAAAUCCGGGAGGAAGCUGGUGGUGGAGUGUAAUAGGAAAGGGGUCAUGUUUAUUGAGGCGGAUGCUGAUGUUACUCUUGAGGAUUUUGGGGAGCCACUUCAACCUCCUUUUCCUUGUUCUGAACAACUUAUUUUUGAUGUCCCUGGUUCUACUCAUAUUUUAGGUACCCCUUUAAUUCUCAUCCAGGUGACUAGACUUAUAUGUGGGGGAUUCAUAUUAGCACUCCGAUUAAACCACACAAUGACUGAUGCUCCAGGCCUAGUUCAAUUCAUGCGCGCAGUGUCUGAGCUUGCCCGUGGGGCGCAAUCACCGUCAAUUCUGCCUGUUUGGGAGCGCCACCUUCUCAGAGCUCGAGAUCCGCCCCAAGUAACCUGUGACCACCCAGAGUAUGACGAGGUAGUUGACACUAACAGCACGGUUAGUCCAGUUGAUGACAUGGUUCACAAGUCCUUUUUCUUUGGGCCCACUGAGAUAGGUGCUCUGAAGCGUUUCAUCCCGCCAAAUAUAAAAGCAUCAACAUUCGAAAUCCUUACCGCGUGUCUAUGGAGGUGCCGCACAAUCGCCCUAAAACUCGACGUCAACGAAAAAGCUCGACUCAUAUGUAUCGUAAACUCUCGAUCCUCAUUCGGUCCACCAUUACCUUCUGGUUUUUACGGCAACACCCUUGCUUAUUCGUCAGCUAUUACCUCCGCCGGUAAUCUUUAUUGCAACCCGAUUGGGUACGCUUUAGACCUUAUCAAAAAAACCAAGGCUAAAAUCACACAAGAGUUCAUGAUGUCACUUGCUAACCACAUGGUUGUCAAAGGCAGGCCCCACUUCAAUGUGGUUCAAACCUUCUUGGUUUCUGAUGUUACUCGGGCCGGUUUUGAUGAAUUGGAUUAUGGUUGGGGCCCACCCGUUUAUGGAGGGAACGUCGUAGGUGGAACGGAUUUUGUAAGUGUUUAUAUUGGGUUAAAGAAUGGGAAAGGAGAGAAAGGAAUUCUUGUUCCCAUUUGUUUACCCAAGAAUGCUAUGGACAUUUUCGUUAAGCAGUUGAAUGGGUUGUUAUCUGAAUUGCCGGAUCAUCCCAUUUUUAAUACAAGAUCAUCCACUUCUAUUUCUUCUUCUUUGUGACCAGAGUUCGAAUCAUCUAUCUAGCAAUUUAUGUACUAUUAAGUAUCUUACUUCACUUAACUUUUUUGGUGUCGUUUUAAGUUUAUCCACACUCUUUUGUGGGAUAAUGAUUCAACUUUUUGUGAGGCUUUAAAAUGUUGUAACUAGCUACCCAGUUUCGGGUAUUUGUUAAUACCCGAAAUUUGUUUUUGAUUUAAUUUUAUCCAACUCGUUGGCUUAUAGAUCCAUCCACACUUGUUUAUUUUUUUAACUUUCAAAAUCAUAAUCUAAUAAAA